CCCAAAUUGUAAUAUUAGCUUGCCAAAUAUCCUUCAAUAGUGGAAAGGAAGAAGGAUUGGAAAUACGCCUGAUUUCAAGGAAGCUCAAGCUCCCUAUCAACCCCAAACUCCCGAGAACACCCACAACAAACCACAUGCUCAGAACCCUCCAUCUGGCACACUUUCAACUCCCCCUCAUCCUCGCAUUGAACUCUACCCUUGCCACAGUAAAAAUGCUUGCUGUCGUCAUCCCCGGCUAUUCCCUCGGCGCUCAAAAAACGGACAUUAUACUUCUCACACAUGAAAUAGUCACCUUGUACAGUACCCCAUCCUCGCUCCUGGCUGGCUCGCACACGGGUUGGUUUCCCAUUGUAAGGAUGACAUGGACUUUAUCGGGUUCUGGUAGGAAAUCUGCCUCGAAGAACUAUACCGAAACGACAAUGGAACGAAACAGUGAUAACUGAAUGCACUGUGAAAACUCUGCACAACCAAAAGGCGGGGAAGUGCACCAAGAUCCCUCCAUGACUUGCUCUAUUCAACGAUUCUCUAUCUCUCGCUCCACAACUCUACUGAUCCACAACUAAACUAACUGACCGGAAAAGACAGGAGUAUAAAUAAAUAACAAAGAUCACCUAUCCUAUCCUUCCUGCGAUCACUUGCAUACCAAACAAAUAAUAGACUCUACAGAGACUCUCCAAUUUUGCCUCCCAUGCUCCAAUUGCCUUCCGCGCUCCAAUUGCUGACGAGAGAAAUACAGGAACAAAGACUCCCGACAGUCUAGAAGUCUCAUGACAUUCAAAUCCUUCUCCGUCAGAAUCUCUUUUCCAAAGCGCCCAACGAGAACAUCUGCCCCAACAAAGCAAGUGUUCCAACAAACAAGUGGCAGGAGGGGAGCGAGCAGGCGGGAAUGGACAAACGGCGGGCCCCGGGAAUGUACAUCGAAUAUGCGGACAGGCAAAUGAACGGGCGACAAAAGAAGGGAUGGCGGGUGGAUGGGUGGGUAGUGAUGCCGACGGCCGGAUAUGCCGGCGGACGAGGGAACAAAGCCUUGAGCAUGCCGAGUAGCAUCCAUGAUUUCCAACAAUAGGGUGGGGAUCGUCUGGGUUUCGGCACACGGGAUAGAAAAUGCUACCAUCAUAUCC